AGCAAAGAUUCACAAGCUAUUUGGCAGUCCGGUGAAUAAUUUAUUGCUACAUAUUUAUUUACAUAUACAUAAUACUUAUUUGAUCCAUAAUGGCCAUGCAAUCCGGUCAAAUGUCAAUUCUGGAAAUUUUGGCUUCGUCCAUAGUUAAAAUGGGCCCAAUGCCGGAACACAUAGCAAUAAUAAUGGAUGGAAAUCGCCGGUAUGCAAGACGCAACGGGUUGAAGGUGUUGUUUGGUCAUUUAAAAGGGGCUGAAACUCUUGCGGAUGUCGACCGUUUUGCGAAAGCUCUUUUAUGUAAAGAAUUGACCGUCUAUGCUUUCUCGUCAGAGAAUUUUAGAAGAAACAAGGAAGAAGUGACCAAUUUGAUGAAUGUAAUUGAACACAAUUGCACAAAGAUGUUACAACGUGUUGACUCUGGUACAAAUAUUGACACAUGUAUCCAAUUUAUUGGCGACUGGGAAAAUUGUCCAGACAGCCUACGGUACAGAAUGGCAAAUUUGAUGGUAAAAACGAGAAAUUUUAAACCGUACCAGCUGAACGUGGCCAUAGUGUACACGGGUCGAGAAGGGAUUCUACGAAGUUUAACUUCUCUCCCUGUCAGUAUUAAGAACCAAGAAAACGUUAACCUUCACUCGCAUCUCAAUCCAUGCGAGUGGAACGAAUAUCUCGUCGAACAGUCCCAACAUCUCUCUGAUAUGCGUCCGGUCGACAUGCUCAUCCGAACAGGGGGCGAUUGUCGCUUGUCUGAUUUUAUGAUGUGGGAGACUACCCAAGCCUACAUCCAUUUCACUCCGGAGACUUGGCCAGAGUUUACGUUUUGGAGACUUCUGCACGCCAUCUUGAUGUAUCAAGUGCAUCGAAGGACGGUUCCAAAACCGGUAUCAUCAAAGGAAAAUAUUUCAAAAAUAGAAGUUGAUGCACUGCAAGGCAUACUUCGCAAUGCACGAAAUGAGAGAUGGAAAAGAAUUGAACAGCAAGCUAUGAAGGAUACACCAUAUGAAAAAAUUGAAAAAGUUAUUAAAUAUGAAAACAAAUUUCUGCAAGUAGUUCAAAAUUUGACCAUAUUUUAAUCAAACUACUUAAAAAAUGUAGUCGAGCUACAGAUUGUCAGUCUAAAAAUCCCAAAUAAUUAUAUGUAUAACGUGAUUCUACACAUGAAAGGGCGAACUUUUUCAGGAGAGUCAAAAUCUUUUUGUACCUUAGACAGAUACAUAUGUAUGUUUACAAGUAAAAUAUUAAUGUGACUUUAAAAUUCGACGUUUCGUUAAAAAAUAGAAACGAUACACUGUAAUAAUUUCAAUACGUUUAUGUAACCCAAUGGUUCAUAGGUAUCAGAUGUGAUAUCUUGUCCUGUGAAACUUGCUUGUAUUAAAUUAAAGUUUUUUUUUCUUUUCAAGUGAAGAGUUAUCCACCAUGAUAGCAUCACGGUUUGAUAGUUACACAAAUAUUUGUGCUCAUUCUUACAUACCUACAAUACCUACAUGUAGUUGCUAGAAAAACGAUUUACCGUAAAAAUUAUUAGGCUACUAAUCA